GGCUUUUGGUAAGGCGGAAUAGCCAUUGAGCACGGUUUGUUUAAUGUGAUUUAUUCAUCAUCUUUAUUACUUCACCUGUAAAGCUGCGGCCCGUUGUAGCGUGUCACCCGAGGCACCACCCACACUUUUCCCAACCCCCACCACCCCCCUUACAUCUUUCACAUUCGUGACAGGAAACUUUUGUGGGUGAUAGUUGGGGCUCGAGGAGUCAGCCAACUCAGAAGCUCACCGUCUCACCGGCCUUUACCUCAAGUCGUCCAGUCACAGUUUUCUGGACUCACCUUCUUCAGUGUGGGGCAAAGGUCAGACUUGGAGCUGGAACUGAUGCUGGUGCUGGUGCUGAUGCUGGUAUUGGUGUUUGCGCAGCGGCAGAGGUCAACAAACAAGGGAACAGACAAGAGCAUAAGGUGACAGUGCCAGUCAGCACUUUCUUUCUGGUAUGGAGUUCAUGGAGGCACUGCCUACCGCCAGGUGCAAACGUCGGAGGAUGUCAGAUGAAUUGCAGUCAGAGGAUUCGCCCAGCAGCAAACUCUCAGUGCUCAGCCGCCAGUUCUUCACCAUCCACAAGGGCAGCGGCGUCUUCGACACGGAGGAGUGGCGCAGUGCCGACAAAACGCUCUUCCGCCCCGUCAGCGAGGACAUGAUGGUGGGCGUGGCCAAGGUGGAGCAGAUCACGUGUCAGGAUGGCAGCUUCUUUGUCGCAGACCUGUCCGGCAGGUACUCGCGCACCGCGCCAGGUAAAGUCAUUCACCUGUGGCGGUAUGACAAGGUGCAGAGAAAGCUGUACGUCUCCCGCUCCUUCCUUUUCACCAACACCGCUGAGUUCGUAAGCGUCCAGCAGUUUCUCCAGCGUCUGUGAGGCCGACACCUGGCAGUUGGUGUCACCAGCACCUGGCAUGGGUGUCACCAGCACCUGGCAUUGGGUGUCACCGACAGUGUCACCGCACAGGCAGAGGGUUUGCAUCUCCUCUGGCUCUCAUAAAACCAUCUCCGCAGACCCCAGUCACGUGACGUGAAUGGUGUUACGUACUACAAAGUCAAGGACAGUUUUGGCUUGUCUCCCCUCGCUCUGGGACUGGCCAGCGCCGCCUACUGGCCAGACUUGCAGAGAUUGAGAUGUAGUGCUGUCAGUGUGUGUGUGUGUGUGCAUGUAGAAAGCUUCCAGAGAUUGAGAUGGAUUGUUGUCAGUGUGUGUGUUUGUGUGUGUGUGUGUGUGUGUGUUUGUGUGUGUGUGUGUGUAGAAAGCUUCCAGAGACUACGAUACAUUGCUGUGUGAGACGCUUAGACUCUGCGGCCACGUGGAGACCUGUACAGACUGGCUGACCCGCUGACCCCACGACAGGGAUGUGCACUCAGUCUAGCACUUGUGUGACUGCUGCAGGAUAGACAGAUGGAAUAAUUGACAAUGUUUGUUUGCUGUCUUUCAGCUGACAGCAUACGUCACACCUUUUGACUGUUGUGUUUGUGCUUGUGACAUACUUUCUUUGCUGCAGUUUGUGCUGAUGAGAUAGUUUGAGAUGUUUGCGCUGGCGACACGCACGCGCGUGCACACACACACACAUUGCAGGGAGUCCUCACUCCAAGAAGCAUUAGUGUCAGGAUCAGAUGGACUUGCUAGCAGUCAGGCUACAAGACACUCGUGUCAGGGUCAGCUGAUGCUAGCCUGCAGCUAGUCGCUGGCUGUGGACCAUCCACCUCACCCACGUUAAAGUCAGCCCACCCGGCUGUGUUGGGGGGUACUCUACACAGUGAACUACACACGCCUCUAUCGCCGACUGUUGCCAGACCGCCAUGACUACCCCAGAGGUCUGGCACAGAACUGGGAGGAGACUAGGGUGGGCAGCGACCACAGCGACCACGGUGCCGCAAGUAAAAAGCAAGAAGGAGGGAGAUGUUUUGUCCCUCCUUUUUUUAACUGCUUUAAUGUAGACACAAAGCUCAUCACAACGCUUAUAUUAGCUGCCGGCACGCAAUUAAGUUUUUGUUAAUUGAAUAUUUGUAUGAUGGCAUGAAAGUGCAAGAAAAUAAAUAUAUGUAAAAGAAA